UAUUUGAACACCUACAACGAAAGAAAACAUAUUUAGCAAGAAGGGAGAAAAGCCAGAAAGAAACGCCACCGUUUCAUACAUGGAUCAGUUUGUUUCAGGGAGACCAGAGGAUGGAGAUUGUGGAGUACUCAAGGAAGAGAAGAAAAGUGAGAAUAGCGUUUGUGAUGAUCAAAGUUCUCAUAAACAGGAUACUGUUGUUGAGGAGCUACCCAUUGCAAAUGCUGAAAUGUCCAUGGUGGAGGCUGAACCAAGCGCAUCCCCAUCCAUGAAGGAAGAUGAGGUUGAUGAUCAGCUUGAGAUUACUAAAGCCCAAAUGGGCGAGGUGAGAGAGGAAAAUCAACGGUUAAAGAUGAGCUUGAACAAAAUAAUGAAUGAAUACCGGACACUAGAAAUGCAAUUCCAAGAUAUAGCUAAGCAAGAUCAAACAAAGAAGAAUAUUGUGGCUGAUGAUAAUAACCAUCAAGAAAUAAUGGAGGAAUCAGAUCUUGUGUCCCUCAGCCUUGGAAGAGUUCCUAGCAAUCCAAGAAAUAUCAAAGUCUCUAAACCAUUGAAGGAUCAUGAAGAGUUUAAUGAAGACUUGACUCUUGGACUAGACUGUAAACUAGAAACAUCAAAAUCUGGGAGCACAAAUGAAGCAGCUUUGCCAAAUCCAAGCCCUGUCAAUAGUUGUGAAGUGCCAAAGGAAGAAGAAGCUGGGGAGACUUCACCACCUACUACUAAGGCACCACUCAAGACCAUGAGAGAUAUUGAGGAUGAAGUUGCUCAACAAACUCAUGCAAAGAAAGCUAGAGUUUGUGUUAGAGCAAGAUGUGAUACCCCCACAAUGAAUGAUGGGUGCCAAUGGAGGAAAUAUGGACAAAAGAUUUCAAAGGGAAAUCCUUGCCCGCGAGCUUACUAUCGUUGCACCGUUGCACCAUCCUGCCCAGUAAGAAAACAGGUGCAAAGAUGUGCUGAGGACAUGUCCAUUUUGAUCACCACCUAUGAAGGGACACACAACCACACUCUUCCUCAUUCAGCAACCGCCAUGGCUUCCACAACCUCUGCAGCUGCUUCCAUGCUGUUAUCCGGUUCUUCAACCUCUUCAACCACCAACAACAACCUCCAUGGCCUCAACUUUUAUCUCUCAUCAGACGGUUCCAAAUCAAAGCAACUACACCACCUAUCCAACCCUGCACUCUCAUCAUCUUCACAUCAUGACCAUCCAACCAUCACUCUUGACCUCACUACAAACCCAAACUCUUCCUCAUCAUCAUCUCCCUUUGUUAGAUUCAACAACCAACUCAGAUACCCUUCUUCCACCAGCCUCAGCUUCAACUCCUCCGAGUCCAAUGCAAUGUCCUGGACCAAUAACGGCUUCCUCAACUAUGCUACUCAUCAGCCGUACAACAACAACAACAGGAACAUCCUCAGCUCUGUAAAUUUUGGAAGACAACAAGCAGCAGAAAAUAUCUACCAAUCCUACAUGCAAAAGAACAACAACAUCAAUUCAAUCCCUCCUUCUCAAUCAGAAACUGUAUCUGCAGCAACAAAAGCAAUCACUGCACACCCCAAUUUUCAGUCUGCAUUGGCAGCAGCACUUACUUCAUUCAUUGGAAGCAGUAACACACCAGGAAAUUUGGGUCACAAAAUGACAUGGGCAGAGCUGUUUCCAGCAGCGUCUAAUUCUACUGCUACAUUGCCUUCAACUUCUAAAGCUUCUGCAUCAAACUUCUUCAACAAAACGCCUUCAUCUUUGCCGUUUUCUACCCCCAAAAGCGCGUCUGCGUCUCCUGGUGAUAGUAACGGCAACACAGAUUAAUUCUUGACCUGAGAAAUAGUCAAGAACAAGAAGUACACUGCAUGUUUUUGCCAAAUGCUGGUUAUUUUUUAAAAAGUCAAAAGCUUGGCUUUAUAAAAAAUAACCAGCUAUAUAUAUAUGCAGAAAGUGUUGGAACAUUGUUCAAAGUGAUUCCAUUCAGCUCGAAACUUUCAUUUUAGCAGAGUGUAUGUUAGUAAUUUUUUGUCAACGCAUUGUUCAAAUUAAGUGAUUCUGUUUAGCUAGAAACUUUCAGAAUAAAAAUUCUCUUGAUUACAUUUUA